CUUGACACCAAACUGAAUAGUAACAGAUGCUGGGGGAGAGAGUGUGCUUGUUUUUUUGUGUUGGUUUAAAGAGGAAAAAGAAAGGGUCCACUUUUUUUAUGCCAGCCUGAUUGUUGAUUCCAUUUGGGUUGUGUUUAACGCAAAUUUUCUCGAUGGUGGUGUUUGCUUUGAAGUCGUUUCACUCUUGAAUCUUGAUGUUUCUUUUAGGCCGUACAGUGCUUGGGGAGGCAGAAAGAACCAGUUAUAGAAAAAGGCCAGCUGUUUUCUCAUCUUCUUGAUGAUUCCCUCACAAUUUUGUCAAAGUAACAACUGGGUUUGGUUCGACCUGAUGUUUGGCAUGAUUAUUACUCCUUAGUAUCCUCCAAAAGAGGUUGCGUCACUUUGUUUUCUUGGCAUGGUGAAUGAAUGGAGCCGGGUUUGUCAAGAUAGAAACUGAGUUUCCUGCAUUUUCACCCUUUUUCUUGUGGCGGGUUUUCCAUAAAGCAUUGGUCUUGUUGAGCCUGCUAAGGUGGGCUUGGUGAAGAAUCUUGUGGAUUUUCAGCAAUUUUACCUUUCUUGUGGAAUUGUCAAUGGUUUUCUUAUAGAGUCAUGUUUGGAUGACGUGUUCUGCCGGAGCUGUGGUCUUCCUCAAGCUUUCAAGGCUCUUCGUGAAGAGACAGAUACAUAGGUGUGCUUUGGUUAGGAUGUCGCUGAGUUGCGAGCUCUCUGGCUUGACUGGAAGAUUACCGGCCUGUUCCAAGUUGAAGAUGGCAACGGAACCGUCGCAUGGGCCAAACUCCGCCAGACAAUGGAGAAGGAAGUUUCUGUUUCUCUUGCUUAUACUUGUUGCUCUUGGAAGCAUUUGUUUUUUAUCAAGGUUUCAUGGUCGGACUUCGAGGGCGAAGAAUAAGACUCCUAAUUCUUGUAAAGGAAAAGCUCAAAUCUUGCUACAAGAAUUCAAUAUCAGCAGGAAUCAUCUUCAAUCUUUGGCAUCCUUAUUCUCUACAUCAGAUCAGAUAAUAUCCCUCCACUGUACCAAAGAAUUAGGGCCCAAAAUGCUGUUAAGUGAUGGCAUUACUUGUGCUCUGAGAUUACCAUGUUCGGAGGUAGAGGCAUUUCACAGGCAGCAUAGAUGGAUUGCAGAAAAUGAUGAACAUAGAGACCAAUGCCCAGUUCGAGAUGAGUGCAUCACCAGGAAGGUUGGCAUGCCAAUGCUAGACGACCACUCUGUACCUUUUAUUUCACCAUCUAAAAUCUCAACAACACCAGCAAAUCAUCAGAAUGAAAUCCUAUUAGAGACACUGGCCUUCUUAGAGAAAGAGUACUGUGUAAGUUUCUGUACUCUUGUAAAAGCAAGUUGGUUACUCCUGGUAGUUGCAGUGAGUUGCAAGAUGUCUGGCUUGCAAUUGAAAUUGUGGAGGAACCAAAGGAAGAAGGUUAUCGAUCAACCUCCAGUGGCUCAGCAGCAGCAGCAGCAGCAGAAGCAGCAACAGCAAGUGCAUAGUCCUCCUAAAGGUGCUGGGAAGUGGAGAAAGAAGCUCCUGCUUGUAUUUGUGUUACUUGGAAUUGCCGUGUCAAUUUGGUUAUUUUGGUACUUGAAUGAAGAAAUAGUUUUGAGGAGGGAGGAAACACUAGCCAACAUGUGUGAUGAGCGAGCCCGGAUGUUGCAGGAUCAGUUCAAUGUGAGCAAGAACCAUGUUCAUGCUUUGGCUAUCCUAGUCUCCACAUUUCACCAUCGAAAACAUCCUUCAGCAAUUGAUCAGAAAACAUUUGGUGAAUAUACUGAGAGAACAGCUUUUGAGAGACCACUUACUAGUGGUGUUGCUUAUGCUUUGAAAGUUCUUCACUCAGAGAGGGAGCAAUUUGAAAAUGUGCACGGAUGGGUGAUCAAGAAAAUGGAAACAGAGGACCAGACUCUAGUACAAGAUUGUAUUCCAGAAAAUUUGGAUCCUGCACCUGUUCAAGAUGAAUAUGCACCUGUGAUAUUUUCUCAAGAAACUGUCUCCCAUAUUGUCUCUAUUGACAUGAUGUCUGGAAAGGAAGAUCGUGAGAACAUCUUGCGAGCAAGGGCAACCGGAAAGGGAGUGCUUACAUCUCCUUUUAAGCUAUUGAAAUCCAAUCAUCUUGGUGUUAUACUCACAUUUGCUGUUUAUGACACUGACCUCCCUUCAGAUGCUACGCCAGAGCAACGUGUUGAAGCUACUGUGGGAUAUCUGGGUGCGUCUUAUGAUGUCCCAUCACUGGUGGAGAAGCUUCUGCACCAACUUGCCAGCAAGCAAAUGAUUCUUGUGAAUGUUUAUGAUUCAACUAAUGCAUCUUCUCCCAUCAACAUGUAUGGUACUGAAAUCACUGAUACUGGCCUAUUGCACGUUAGCAACCUUGAUUUUGGGGAUCCACUACGGAAGCAUGAGAUGCAUUGCAGGUUCAAACAGAAACCUCCUUUACCAUGGACUGCAAUAAAUGCAUCAGCAGGACUCCUAGUUAUAACUUUGCUUGUCGAACAUAUAUUUUAUGCCGCCAUAAGUCGAAUUGAAAAAGUGGAGGAUGACUAUUGUAAGAUGGAGGAACUCAAAGUUCGUGCUGAAGCUGCAGAUGUGGCAAAAUCUCAGUUUCUUGCAACUGUUUCCCACGAGAUCAGGACUCCAAUGAAUGGUGUUUUAGGUAUGCUCCAGAUGCUCAUGGACACUGAUCUUGAUGCAAACCAAUUAGAUUUUGCGCAGACUGCUCAUAACAGUGGGAAAGAUCUAAUAUCACUGAUAAAUGAGGUUCUUGAUCGAGCUAAGAUAGAAUCAGGGAGGCUUGAGCUUGAAGCUGUACCUUUUGAUAUCCGUGCUGGUCUCGAUAAUGUUUUAUCACUUCUCUCGGGGAAAUCUAAAGAAAAAGGGAUUGAGUUGGCAGUUUAUGUCUCCAAUCAAGUACCUGAAGUCAUUAUUGGUGACCCUGGAAGGUUCAGGCAGAUAAUCACAAAUCUUGUUGGAAAUUCAAUUAAGUUCACUAAUGACAAAGGACAUAUAUUUGUCUCAGUGCAUCUGGCAGAUGAAGUGUUGGAUGCCCCAAAUAAUAUGGAUGAAGUGCUGAGACAAGGCUUGAGUUUUGUUCAAGACAACUAUGAAAAAUCUUGUAAUUCAUUGAGUGGGAUUCGUGUGGUUGAAAGAAGGAAAAGCUGGGAACAUUUUAAAAAGCUAAGCAGCAGAAACUCCAUGGAGGAACCCGAAAUGAUCAGAUUACUAGUAACGGUUGAGGAUACAGGUGUAGGAAUUCCUCUUGAAGCACAAAGCCGCAUCUUCACACCUUUCAUGCAGGCUGACAGUUCCACUUCACGAACAUAUGGUGGGACUGGAAUAGGAUUGAGCAUUUGCAAAUGUCUGGUGGAUCUCAUGGGUGGGGAGAUAGGGUUUGUGAGUGAACCUGGCAUUGGCAGUACUUUUUCAUUUACUGGACCUUUCAGAAAAGGAGAAAAAACUUCUCUGGAUAUGAUGUGGCAACAGUAUGACCCAGCUGUUUUAGAGUUCCAAGGAUUGAGAGCAUUGGUUAUUGAUAACAGAGCCAUCCGAGCUGAGGUCACAAGAUAUUAUCUGCAGAGAUUGGGUAUAACCGCGGAUAUAGCUUUCAGUCUGAAAUCAGCAUGCUCUUAUCCAUCAAGUGCUUGCAACACAAGAGUAUCAACAAAUUUGGCCAUGGUCCUUAUUGAGAAAGAUGCUUGGGAUAAAGAAACUGCUCUUUUAUUCUUUCAUUCAGUCAAAGAUCACAUGCAAAAAAUCACAAAGGAGGUCCCCAUAAAUCGUCUAAAGACUUUUCUCUUGGCUACAGCUAUUAGUCCCACUGAAUGCAGUGAGCUCAAAUCUGCUGCUUUUGUAGAUAACGUACUGAUUAAGCCUUUUCGGUUAAGUGCCUUAGUUGCCUGCUUCCAAGAAGCCCUUGGAAGUGGUAUGAAGAGGCAGGUAAACAGAAAAAAAGCAUCUGCUCUUGGAAAUUUGCUAAGAGAAAAGCGAAUUUUGGUAGUGGAUGACAAUGCAGUUAAUAGAAGAGUGGCAGAAGGUUCUCUUGCGAAGUGUGGAGCAAUUGUGACCUGUGUGGAGAGUGGCAAGGCUGCUUUAGCAAUGCUUAAUCCCCCACACAACUUUGAUGCUUGCUUUAUGGAUCUCCAGAUGCCGGAAAUGGAUGGGUUUGAAGCGACAAGGCAAAUCCGCUGUGUAGAGUGUAAGGUUAAUGAGAAAAUUGCAUCGGGGGAAGCAUCGAUAGAAAUUUUUGGGAAUGUAGCACAUUGGCACACUCCAAUAUUAGCAAUGACGGCUGAUGUUAUUGAAGCUUCAAUUGAAGAGUGCAUGAAGUGUGGGAUGGAUGAUUAUGUGGCAAAACCAUUUGAAGUGGGGGACCUUUACUCAACAUUGGCACGUUUCUUUGAGACUGGUUAAUGAGCCGGACUAACACAUGGCCAUGUUUAUCAGUGUCAAGCCAAGAAGUUGAUCGGCGAAUCCUGUGGGAUUGACCCUCAUACAUUAGAGUUCUCCAGCUAAUGUCAAGCUGGACUCUAUGAGGUGGUGGUCAGGCCAAUACCAACUGCAUUUUCCCCAUCUUCUCAGUUCUGGAAUCUGGGUUUGACAAAAGUAACAUGUUCAACUAUAUGCAAAGUACUUGAGGAGAUCGAUCAAGUGCCUACCAGUUUAUCAUCAAUGCCACAUGUCCUGAUCACCCUCCAAGGACUGUAUGACCUACUGCUCUGUGUAUAUAGGCCCCUUUGUUUGUAUAUUUGUGCCCCUAUUUUCUUUUCUUUUUCAUGCAUUGUCCACCGAAGGAGGUUAAGGAUAAAAUGUAAUGAAACUACAAUCAUUCAUUUUUUAGCAUCUGCUGAGAUAGAUGAUCUGUCUUUCACCUUCACAGGAUUUGUAUUAGUGUGUUACCAGACUUGUAGCGUAUUUUUGGCAUAGUGAAAUAAUAACUAGCUUGCUUAAUCCA